UUAGGUGCUUGCCAUAUUCAUUGAAAACGUGAAUUUUGCAGAGAGAUUGUUCGAUUUGAACCCGGAUAAUGGUGGUGGGGGUAUCACCAGGACAGAGUCGUCUUUAGAAGCGUCCAGAUCUGAAGGAGAAGUCUUUUAGAACACAUGGCUAUGCAUAUAGUACUUCUCUUUUGCUUUCUCUGGUUCUUUGACCGUGGCUGCUAUGCAUCUAUAUCUAGAGAAAGUCCUUUGUCACUAGGAGGACAAACUCUGAGCUCCCCUAACGAAUCUUACGAGUUAGGAUUCUUUAGUCCUAACAACUCUCGGAACCAGUACGUCGGGAUCUGGUUCAAGAAAAUCACACCGCGGGUGGUCGUGUGGGUGGCCAACAGAGAAACCCCGAUCACAACCCCUUCCGCAAACCUCACCAUCAGCGUAAACGGUAGUCUCGUCUUGCUCGACGGCAGACAAAACGUUGUUUGGUCGUCAUCAUCAUCAACCAGAGGAGCAUCUACUACCAAUAAGUGUCACGCCAAGCUCUUGGACACAGGGAACCUCGUCGUCGUCGAUGAAGUGUCCGGAACUCUUCUGUGGCAGAGCUUCGAGAACCCUGGGGAUACUCUGCUUCCUCUCUCGUCUCUAACGUACAACCUCGCAUCCAAGGAGAAGCGAGUGUUGACCUGCUGGAAAAGCCGCACCGAUCCAUCUCCCGGCGAGUUUUCCGUCGAGCUGACGCCGCAGGUGCCGUCGCAGAUCGUUACCAUGAAAGGGAGGAGAGUUUACAAGAGAAGCGGUCCGUGGGAUAAGACCGGGUUCACUGGCCUACCGCAGAUGGAGAAAUCGUACGCGAGUCCGUUUAGCCUCUCCCAAGACGUGGCAAACGGGACAGGGACCUUCUCUUAUCUACAGAGAAACUCUCAGCUGAUCACGCGGGUUGUGAUUACGUCAGAGGGAUAUGUUAAGACGUCUCAUUACAAUGGGACAGGGUGGGUUGUGGACUUUUCGACUCCAGGGAACGCAUGCGAUAUCUACGGUGCGUGUGGACCUUUCGGGCUAUGCGUGACGUCGUCCACCACUUCUCCCACGACGAAGUGUGAAUGCAUGAAAGGGUUUGUGCCGAAACACAAAGUGGAGCGGAAACGAGGGAACAAGACUUCUGGAUGUGUGAGACGUAAAGCAUUAUUAUCUUGUGGGAAACGCGGAGAAGACUCCUUUUAUCGUCUUUCGAAUGUGAAACCUCCAGAUCGCUACGAGUACGCAAGCUUUGUUGAUAAAGAUCAGUGCCAACAGGGUUGUCUGAGAAACUGCUCGUGCACUGCUUUUGCGUAUAUUACUGGAAUCGGAUGCUUGCUUUGGUAUCAGGAGCUUAUGGACACAGUUCGGUAUUCCUCUGGAGCAGAGUUUCUCUCAAUUCGUCUUGCAAGCUCAGAACUUGGUGGAAGCAGGAGAACCAUGAUGAUUAUUGCUGGUAGUAUCUGCCUUUCUAUUUUUGUGAUUUUGGCCUUUGCCUCAUAUAAGUACUGGAGAUACAGAGCAAAAAGAAAUGAUUCAUGGAAAAGUGGUCUGGAACAAGAAGAAAUCUCAGGAUUAACUUUCUUUGAGAUGAACACUAUACGAGCUGCUACCGAUAACUUUAAAAUCUCAAACAAACUCGGUGAAGGUGGAUUUGGUCCAGUUUAUAAGGGAAUUUUGUCAGAUAGGAAGGAAAUAGCGGUUAAAAGGCUUUCUAGCAGUUCAGGACAGGGUACAGAAGAGUUCAUGAAUGAAAUAAAACUCAUCUCAAAACUACAACACAGAAACUUGGUUCGGCUUUUGGGAUGCUGCAUUGAUGGAGAAGAAAAGCUACUUAUUUAUGAGUUCAUGGUGAACAAAAGCCUCGAUAGUUUUCUCUUUGAUAUGACUCUAAAGCUUCAGAUUGACUGGCCCAAGAGGUUCAACAUCAUUGAAGGUGUUGCGCGCGGGCUUCUUUAUCUCCAUCGUGACUCAUGCCUCAAGGUCAUACACCGAGACAUGAAGGUCAGCAACAUUCUCUUGGACGAAAACAUGAACCCAAAAAUAUCAGAUUUCGGAUUGGCUCGCAUGUUUCAAGGAACUCAAAAUCAAGACAGCACUCUUAGAGUUGUUGGAACUAUAGGAUACAUGUCUCCUGAGUAUGCAUGGACAGGGAUGUUCUCAGAGAAGUCUGACAUAUAUGCUUUUGGAGUUGUGCUGUUAGAAAUUAUUAGUGGGAUGAAGAUCUCAAGUUUUAAUUGUAGAAAGGAAGGCAAAACCCUUCUUGAAUAUGCAUGGAAUUCUUGGCUUGAGACCGAUGGAGUGGAUCUUUUGGAUCAAGAUAUUGCCAGCUCGGGUUCUCCAGUUGAAGUCGCCAGAUGUGUUCAGAUUGGUCUACUCUGCAUCCUACAGCAAGCUGUUGACAGGCCAAACAUUGCACAAGUAGUGUCCAUGAUCACAACCACAACAGAUCUUCCGAGACCGAAACAACCAGUAUUUGCACUGCAGAUUCACGAUCAAGAGAGUACUGUCUCUUUGGAGUCGGGAAAUCAUAUGACGCAAACUGCAAUUUAUGGGCGAUAGAGUUUUUCCACUAUGCUGAAAAAAUGAGUGUGUGCCACUUAAAUUUUAAAAUACACGGGAUUUGGGGUUUGGUUGUUUCACAAAUUUGAUGUUUGCUUGCAUUGAAACCUCUGUGAAUAUGAAAGUUGGUUUAUAGGCCUGGAAGCGUCCAUGUUAUUUUAUUCA